AUGGUUUAUGUCGCCACAGUGGAUGGGUCGCCACAGUGGAUGGGUCGCCACAGUGGAUGGGUCGCCACAGUGGAUGGGUCGCCACAGUGGAUGGGUCGCCACAGUGGAUGGGUCGUCACAGGGGAUGGGUCGCCACAGUGGAUGGGUCGCCACCGGGGGAUGGGUCGCCACAGGGGAUGGGUCGCCACAGUGGAUGGGUCGCCACAGUGGAUGGGUCGCCACAGUGGAUGGGUCGCCACCGGGGAUGGGUCGCCACCGGGGAAUGGGUCGCCACCGGGGGAUGGGUCGCCACAGUGGAUGGGUCGCCACAGGGGAUGGGUCGUCACAGUGGAUGGGUCGCCACCGGGGGAUGGGUCGCCACCGGGGGAUGGGUCGCCACCGGGGGAUGGGUCGCCACCGGGGGAUGGGUCGCCACCGGGGGAUGGGUCGCCACAGGGGAUGGGUCGCCACAGGGGAUGGGUCGUCACAGUGGAUGGGUCGCCACCGGGGGAUGGGUCGCCACAGGGGAUGGGUCGCCAUCGGGGGAUGGGUCGCCACAGGGGAUGGGUCGCCACAGUGGAUGGGUCGCCACCUGGGGAUGGGUCGCCACCGGGGGAUGGGUCGCCACCGGGGGAUGGGUCGCCACAGGGGAUGGGUCGCCACAGGGGAUGGGUCGCCACCGGGGGAUGGGUCGCCACCGGGGGAUGGGUCGCCACCGGGGGAUGGGUCGCCACCGGGGGAUGGGUCGCCACAGGGGAUGGGUCGCCACAGGGGGAUGGGUCGCCACAGUGGAUGGGUCGCCACAGUGGAUGGGUCGCCACAGUGGAUGGGUCGCCACAGUGGAUGGGUCGCCACCGGGGGAUGGGUCGCCACAGUGGAUGGGUCGCCACCGGGGGAUGGGUCGCCACCGGGGGAUGGGUCGCCACCGGGGGAUGGGUCGCCACCGGGGGAUGGGUCGCCACCGGGGGAUGGGUCGCCACAGUGGAUGGGUCGCCACAGUGGAUGGGUCGCCACAGUGGAUGGGUCGCCACAGUGGAUGGGUCGCCACCGGGGGAUGGGUCGCCACCGGGGGAUGGGUCGCCACCGGGGGAUGGGUCGCCACCGGGGGAUGGGUCGCCACCGGGGGAUGGGUCGCCACCGGGGGAUGGGUCGCCACAGUGGAUGGGCCGCCACAGUGGAUGGGUCGCCACAGUGGAUGGGUCGCCACAGUGGAUGGGUCGCCACAGUGGAUGGGUCGCCACAGUGGAUGGGUCGCCACAGUGGAUGGGUCGCCACAGUGGAUGGGUCGCCACAGUGGAUGGGUCGCCACAGUGGAUGGGUCGCCACAGUGGAUGGGUCGCCACCGGGGGAUGGGUCGCCACCGGGGGAUGGGUCGCCACCGGGGGAUGGGUCGCCACCGGGGGAUGGGUCGCCAGCGGGGAUGGGUCGCCACCGGGGGAUGGGUCGCCACAGUGGAUGGGUCGCCACAGUGGAUGGGUCGCCACAGUGGAUGGGUCGCCACAGUGGAUGGGUCGCCACAGUGGAUGGGUCGCCACAGUGGAUGGGUCGCCACAGUGGAUGGGUCGCCACCGGGGGAUGGGUCGCCACAGUGGAUGGGUCGCCACCGGGGGAUGGGUCGCCACCGGGGGAUGGGUCGCCACCGGGGGAUGGGUCGCCACCGGGGGAUGGGUCGCCACCGGGGGAUGGGUCGCCACAGUGGAUGGGUCGCCACAGUGGAUGGGUCGCCACAGUGGAUGGGUCGCCACAGUGGAUGGGUCGCCACCGGGGGAUGGGUCGCCACCGGGGGAUGGGUCGCCACCGGGGGAUGGGUCGCCACCGGGGGAUGGGUCGCCACAGUGGAUGGGUCGCCACAGUGGAUGGGUCGCCACAGGGGAUGGGUCGCCACCGGGGGAUGGGUCGCCACCGGGGGAUGGGUCGCCACCGGGGGAUGGGUCGCCACCGGGGGAUGGGUCGCCACAGUGGAUGGGUCGCCACAGUGGAUGGGUCGCCACAGUGGAUGGGUCGCCACAGGGGAUGGGUCGCCACCGGGGGAUGGGUCGCCACCGGGGGAUGGGUCGCCACCGGGGGAUGGGUCGCCACAGGGGAUGGGUCGCCACGGGGGGAUGGGUCGCCACAGGGGAUGGGUCGCCACCGGGGGAUGGGUCGCCACAGGGGAUGGGUCGCCACCAGGGGAUGGGUCGCCACAGGGGAUGGGUCGCCACCGGGGGAUGGGUCGCCACAGGGGAUGGGUCGCCACCGGGGGAUGGGUCGCCACCGGGGGAUGGGUCGCCACAGCUGAUGGGUCGCCACAGGGGAUGGGUCGCCACCGGGGGAUGGGUCGCCACAGCUGAUGGGUCGCCACAGGGGAUGGGUCGCCACCGGGGGAUGGGUCGCCACAGGGGGAUGGGUCGCCACAGGGGGAUGGGUCGUCACAGUGGAUGGGUCGUCACAGUGGAUGGGUCGCCACCGGGGGAUGGGUCGCCACAGUGGAUGGGUCGCCACCGGGGGAUGGGUCGCCACCGGGGGAUGGGUCGCCACAGGGGAUGGGUCGCCACAGUGGAUGGGUUGCCACAGUGGAUGGGCUGCCACAGUGGAUGGGCUGCCACAGUGGAUGGGUCGCCACAGUGGAUGGGUCGCCACAGGGGAUGGGUCGCCACAGUGGAUGGGCUGCUACAGUGGAUGGGUCACCACAGUGGAUGGGUCGCCACAGGGGAUGGGUCGCCACAGGGGAUGGGUCGCCACAGUGGAUGGGCUGCCACAGUGGAUGGGUCGCCACAGGGGAUGGGUCGCCACAGGGGAUGGGUCGCCACAGGGGAUGGGUCGCCACCGGGGAUGGGUCGCCACCGGGGAUGGGUCGCCACCGGGGAUGGGUCGCCACCGGGGAUGAGUCGCCACAGGGGAUGGGUCGCCACAGGGGAUGGGUCGCCACAGUGGAUGGGCUGCUACAGUGGAUGGGUCGCCACAGGGGAUGGGUCGCCACAGGGGAUGGGUCGCCACAGUGGAUGGGUCGCCACAGUGGAUGGGCUGCCACAGUGGAUGGGUCGCCACAGUGGAUGGGUCGCCACAGGGAUGGGUCGCCACCGGGGAUAG